UGGGAGACUUGGCGAACUAAACAAAGCAAGCCUGGCUGCCAGGAGCGGUCUAAGAAAAAAGCCACAGGCUGAUUGUGAGAAUGAGGGGACUGUGCACUGUGGCGUCUCCCCCUCUUCCAGAAUCUCAAUCCUUGAUGUUUUCCAGGAACUGCCCACUUGCCUGUCUACCAAUCAAAACAGAUUCAGUGUGUGGGAUGGCCCAACUUGCCAUACUAAAAAGAGACCAAACCAGAAUAAAUCAGAAGCAGCUCGUACAGCAAGGAAAAAAAACCAUGAAAAACCCAAUAUAUGAAAUAGCAGCCCUGUUACUGGAAAAGUUACUUCUUCUUGCCAACUUUAAAGUUCUUCAAACAGGUUCCAGUGGAGAGGAGGAGAAGAAGAAAAAACAUGUAUGUUGUUAUGACUCUUCCUAUUUCAAACCAGGAGAUUUGCUAGAAGUGCCUCGCACUCUCUUCAUUCAUUUUGGCAUUUAUUUGGGAGAUAACCAAGUAGCACAUCUUAUGCCAGACAUUCUGCCUGCUUUCACUAAUGACUGGAAGUUGAUCCAGAAAGUAGUGACUAAUAAAAGGCUUAUCUUGGGGGUCAUCACAAAAAUGGCAAGGAUCCGAGUGGACACAGUGGAAGACUUUGCUUAUGGAAGCUCCAUCCUGGUGAACAAUAUGGAUUCGCUUUUUAAAAAUUGUAUCCUUUGUAAUGAUGAAGUGGUCCUUAGAGCAAAAAGGCUAGUAGGCACAACCGAAUACAGCUUACUCUGGAACAAUUGUGAACAUUUUGUGACCUUCUGCAGAUAUGGCUCUCCAGUCAGCUUCCAAACAACGAAGUUCUGUGAAACCGUGAAGAUGAUCAUUCGAGACCAGAGAAGUGUACUUGUUUCGGCACUGCUGGGACUGAUUUCUAUACUUUAUCUGGGUCUGGGACCUUCUACUACUCUUCCUACUAUCAUCAUUCCAUUUAUGCUGUGGAUGGCUGGUUAAUGAAUCCACAUGCCCUACCAUUUAUUGGCUACUAGAUGACCCAUGGCCUAUUGAGUCCUCUUUCCAGAGAAAUUUCGCUAAUUCCUAAUAGCUAGUUGAAGAAAUAGAAUGACCAAGGAUGGGAUUAAAAGCAGUGGGAGCAAAAACAACUUCUGGCUUCCUUCUGGUUUCCUGAUUGACUUUGCUUGUGGGAAGCCAGCAGGAAGUGUCUGAAAUCACAAUCACAUGACCAGCACUGCAACAGCCACAAGAUGAUGAAUACAACUGAAGAUUUUUAAAAUUCCAAUUCCAUGGGAGUAAUGGAUUUUCUGCACAUUGUUCAAAUUAGAAAAUUUGAAGUAAGUUGCUUCGAAAACGGUUGCUCUAUGAUGCAACAUUUUGGUCAAUUGAAGAUUACAUAUAGACAAGACAGGAGAGUUUUAGAAGUAUCUAGAUUGUAAAUAGAAUGUAUCAUGUAUUUAUGAAAGCUCAAACUAAUAAUAUUAUAAAAUGAAGAAAAUAUGGAAUGAUUAACAUGCAGCAUAUAGAAUACAGUGAACAAGCAAUAACUUGUAAAUUAAGGUUUUGUGAAAAAAAUUUCCAAGCAAUUUCAAGGCUGACCAUAUUGGGUUUAUUCCCAAAGAAAGAUGUCUAAUCUGCAGUUUUACACUCAGCAGUACAUUUUAGAAAACUUAAUGAGGGUGAUCUCCCAAGUAAAUUUGCAUAAUUUCAAAGUGAAUAAGUACAAUUAUCAGUGACAUUCUCUUGGAUAUGGGAAUGUUUUAGUAUUCAGAUAGUACAAAGCAAUGUACAGUUUUUCAACAACUGCUAUUCUGCUUUGCAUCUUUUUCUAAUUUCCCUAAGUUUACAUUCACUAACUGUAUUUUUAUUUAAAUGGCAUAACUGCAUCCUGCUUGGACUUGAGAUGAACAAAAUAUUUGCACCAGAAUUGUCUUUGCUAUUCCCUGCUAACAAAAUCCAAUAUAAAUCAGUCAAAUGGACUUCUGUAAUCUCAAGAUAAGUGACAAGCAAACUAGUGAAAAAGACAUGUGCAGCUAUCUCCUUUUGGAUUUUUUUCCCCCACACUAUAGACAAAUAAUUCUGUUUAGAAUACUACGGCACACUUCCUCUGAUUUUGCAAGUUGCAUAUUUGUCAUCAUGGCAACAAGCAUUAAUUUAUUCCAAUUAACAUUCAUAUAGUCAGGCUGCACAUGUACUAAUAUAUAUCUCUUUCAGAUUUACAAUUUCCUUUGCUCCCUGUUUUGAGACAUUUCUAACUGUAUUGGGACAUCAGAAAUGUAUUAAUUUAAUGAUAUUCUCUAAAACAGAGGUAUUUUACAUUUCAGUAAAGGUAUGUUCCCCUUGCACAUAUGUGCUAGUUGUUCCCGACUCUAGGGGGUGGUGCUCAUCUCUGUUUCAAAGCCAAAGAGCCAGCACUGUCCGAAGACGUCUCUGUGGUCAUGUGGCCAGCAUGACUAAAUGCCAAAGGCACACAGAAGGCUAUUACCUUCCCACCAAAGGUUGUCCCUAUUUUUUCUACUUGCAUUUUUUUAUGUGCUUUCAAACUGCUAGGUUGGCAGAAGCUGGGACAAGUAACGGGAGCUCACAAUUCAAACCACUGAACAUUUCAUUUCAGUAAAAUGAGUUGAUUUCCAUGCUACAUUCUACAAUUUCUCCACAUCCCAUUAUUAAAUGUCUUUCUGGUACAGAGUCAAAGAAAAACAAACAAGCACAUGAUGUUUUAAAUUUUAAUAUAAGAUUAUGUAUAUUUUUGCUUUCUUUUAAUCUUACUUCAUUCGGCUGCAGACAUGCAGCAUUUUUAUAUACUUCCUGUCAUCUGUGAAGGUGCUAAUAACUGCCUAAAUAACUCUAAUAAAUCACCUGCUUUGCUGAUGUUCAAAGAAAUAGAAUGGUAAGUAGUAUGUGACAUACAUUUAUACUCACUGCUCCUGUUGGAAACUGAACAAAGUUCCUGCUUUGUGAUUGUGGUCUCAGAUCCUACUUACGAAUUACAAUAACACCAUAGGUUGCACUAUGAGUUGCUUGGUAUGGGUAAAGCUACUUAGAACUAUCAAAAGUGAAAUGUUUUUUGGUUGUAUAAUUAAUGCAUAUCUCAGAUAGACAUCCAUCCAAACAGCUAAUGGUCCACAGAUAUUCUCAGAUUCCUAAUGACAACUAAUGAAAAAUACAUUUGACAGCCUCAAUGUUUGUUUCCAAAAGAGUAACUACUUUACAAAUAUAGUGCUUAAGCCAUCUUCGUGAAAUGUAUGCAUUAGAAGUUCAGAAGGUAUAUAUGUUUAUGAAUUUUAUAGUGUAAUGUUUUCCCUAAAGCAUAAGCUACAUCAUAACCAUGUUGUAUUUUGAACAUGCACAAAUAUGUUAAUAUUUUUAAAAAGUGGUUCAUGAGAAUCCAGUGAGAAAUUGUUGGUGUGCCUGCAACUCUGCUGCCUGUACAUAAACCCAACCUAUGUCUAAGGAGGACAUUUUAAAGAUACAAUUCUCACAA